AACAUCAAGAGGUGUGUGUGCAUCAUAUAUGAUCCCUCUAAAGCGGACCUAGGCGUUGAAGCUUUCAGAUUCCUUUAUGGAGUUGUACCGAGGUGGAAACUUUAAUGGCGAAAAGUUGAGAGAGAAUAAUUUUUCCUGGAUGGGUAUUUUUGAAGAAAUACCUAUCAUGGUUUCAAACUCUGCCCUUUUCAGUGCCUUCAUGGCCGAACUGGAGACUGAUACACCUGUCUCACAGGGCGAUUAUGAUCGUCUACACUCAUCAACCGCUCCUUCCUUGAGAACAAUAUGGCAUUUUAGAUUAAAUGCAUGGAUGAUUUAUCUAUGCAACAACAAAAGUAUCCGAUACUACUACCGGAACCUGUCUCGUCUGCAAGCGCAACAGCAAGUCUGGCUCCAUAAGAGAAGGACGGAGAACAUGGCUCUUAUGUCAACCAAUUAAAUAAGGAGGCAAAUGGUAUGAUUCACUUUCUAAACAAAAUCUACUUUAAACAUGAGGUUCUAUAGUAAUAGCUCGUCCACAGUAAUCAGCUUAGGAUAAAGUUUAGCUUUAAACAAAAUUAAGGAAUAGUUAAAUGUCUGGUAUUCUUGGAUGGUCUUAAAUCAAUACAUCUUUUAAGCCUUUUAGAUUAUCGUAAGUUGAUUGUGUUUAGCGAUUAGGAUCCUAAUAUAAUCAUGUGCCCCAAAUCUCCCCUUACAAAAUUAGAUAGCCGGGCCGGGCUGGGCCACAUUGAGAGUUGUCUAAGGCCCAUAGAGAGAGAGAGAGAGAGAGAGAGAGUUGUGGUAUAUAUUCUUUGUUUUAAGAUGACAGAAGAAAAAUUAGGGUUUCCAAAAACUUAGAGAAUCCCAAUGAACUUCUACCGCCGCAUUCUGAUGGCCCCCGCUUCUCUCCACCACUGGAAGAAGGUUGUUACUGCUCCUCCGCCUUCGAGUGGGAUCCAGAACUGUCGUAUCUGGAAGGUGGCUUGUUCAAUUCCCGCUGCUGCGCCGUUUUCAACUGGCGUGGAGACCUCUGAAGUUACUCUUCCUCCUAUCAAGUCUGAUCUAUGCGACGGUGCCUCUUCUUCUGCUGAGAAGGCGAAGGUGGCAGCAAGUAAUAUGGUGAAGAGGAAAAUCUUUGAGAAGCUGAAGUCUCUUACGGUUGAAACCGUAGAUCUCAUCAUAAGGGAGGACAAUAAGAACGGUCUUUACGUCGGUCAGGGGGAUCUCAUCGGAUGGAUUAAGAUUCUUACUAACAAGUUCCGUAAACCUGAAAACGCGAGAUCUUCCGGUGGAUGGAUAGUAAGAGGGUGGUAUUUACUCCUUCCCAGUUUGAACUCUAUGUGGAUCUUAUUGCCAAGGUUGAUGGCUUAGAAGCGGCUCGUAAGUUCUUCAAUAAAGUAGAUCCAGAGUUCAACAACUUUGACCCUAAUAAAGCCAAGAAAAGUCCUGUUUACUUGAAGCUCUAUCCCUCGACCCAAGUUAGCAACGAAGAAGAUUUUUGUCUGGAGGCGGAGAUGGAGGAGGAGAAGAAGAAGGAGAAGGAGAAGGAGAAGGAGAAGGAGAAGAAGAAGAAGGAGAAGAAGAAGGAGGUUCCCCAAUCAAGUUCUCAUUUCAUGAGAAAACGUCCUAAUAGUACCGGGCGGGUAGUAAGAAGGCGUAUUUAAGAUGCGUUAUCAGUGGGUUACGCUGUGCCUUCUGGCCAUUUUAGCUAAAUGUAUGAUGUGUGUCUUAGUCAAUAAAGCAAGGCUUUCAGAUUUCCUCUUUGUGCCUUGCCUGCCUUGUCCAAAACAACCCCCAUAUGUUAAGCUUCUGCAUGUAAUCUCUGUACGACCAUCUGUUUGGUUCAUUGUUAUAAUAUUGUACUAGUAGACUACUUUCGUUUCACAUAUAUAACUCAACAACUCCACCGGUUUCAUUUCA